UUCGUUUCAUAAAUGCUUGUGCUAGUUGAGACAUUACACAAUCGAACUAGCAAUGAAUUGGAAAGCUUAUAUCGUACCAUUUUUAAUAACAAUUAUUUUCAAAUAUAGCCGUGGGUCAAAUGGUUGUACUCCAUUCAGGGCUAAAAAUUUGGGUUCACUCAACCCCACGCUGUUAAACCCUUUGAUAGAUAAAAUUAAAGACUAUAUUCCUGUUUUUGAUGAAUCUACAGUACCAAAUUUUAGUUCUAUCAUGGAGGAAUUCAACGCUGGAUCAAGCAAUGAAGAUAUUCAUCUCAACAUUACCGCAUUGUUAAGAAAAUAUGGAUACGGUGCGGAACAGCAUCAAGUGAAAACUAGUGAUGGUUACCUUUUGAAUAUCUACCACAUUCCUGGUAAAGGACCUGUCGUUCUUGUAAUGCAUGGCAUAUUAUGUAGUUCAGAUGUCUUCGUUUGCACUGGCCCUGACGUUGGAUUAGCGUACCUCCUUGCGGACCUCGGGUAUGAUGUGUGGCUUGGGAACGUUCGGGGCAAUCCAUAUGGACGAAAACAUAUCACUCUGUCACCAGACUGCGCCGAAUUCUGGCAAUUCACUUGGGACGAAAUGGGACGCUACGACCUGCCCGCCACCAUCGACUAUAUCUUGAAGGAAACAAAGCAAGAAAAACUUGCUUACAUAGCUCAUUCUCAAGGCACAACGAUAUUUUUCGUGAUGGCAUCAGAACUCCCUGAAUAUAACGACAAAAUAUCGGUAAUGAUAGCAUUAUCUGCAGUGUCAUACCUGAGUCAUACGAAGAGUCUUUUAUUGAGUACAUUGUCGAGAUUAUCCGAUCUUGGAGAUUUUCUAGCGCAAGCUAUUGGCUUGUACGAAUUCACUCCUCGUAAUCAGUUUUUAGAUGCGAUCACGACAAUAGCCUGUAGUACGCCAUGGACGGCAUCAGUAUUCUGUGACAGCUUUGUGUUCCUCUUCACUGGAUUUGAUUUUCUUGGGGCUAACGCCACAAUUCUACCAGCAGUCUACGGACAUUUUCCUGAGGGUGGUUCUACAAAACAAUUAAUACAUUUCGGGCAGUUGAUUGUUUCUGGAACAUUCCGGAAGUUUGAUUAUGGAACUUUGGAAAAUUUAGCCAAAUAUGGUUCUGCUACACCGCCGGAUUACCCUCUUGAGAAAGUAACAAGUAAAGUAGCCAUUUUCUACGCUGACAAUGAUAACUACUUCUCUGCAGCUGAGGAUCGCGCCAAACUCGUAGCUAGACUGCCUAAUAUUAUAGAACAAUACCGAGUGCCAUACACUGCGUUUGCCCACUUAGAUUUUCUAUUUGGUAAAAAUUUAAAAGAGCUUGUAUAUGAUAAAGUAAAGGAUGUAUUGUCCAAAAAUGUGUAGAUACAAUUACGUCAUGAUUUCAAUGUUGAUUUUAUUGUCACACAAGUUUUCAAAUAAAAGAUUCAAUUUGUUUGUCACUUGAAAAACUAUCAUAUAUAAAGGAAAACCGAAAAACUACAGUAAUAGUCUGUUUUAUUAAAACAAAUGUUCCCAGGUCUUUAAGAAGGUAAUCCUAAUAAAUAACUAAUAUUAAAAAUGUGAAAGUAAGUUUGUUUGUUAACUUUUCGCGCUUUAGCUCUUCAACAAAUCUUCUUGAAAUUUUGCAUACAUGUAUUUUGAAGUACGGAAAAGGAUAUAAGUAGCCAACUUUCAUCCCGAAAAAAUAAAUGAUCUCGUGGGAAAAUCAAGGGCGAAUUCACUGGCAAAAGUGAAAAAUAUUUCUGUUUUCGAAACUACGAUUUUAAUGAAUAUUGUAACUCUAAAGUCAGCAUGAAAGCUUUUAAUCUUCGAAGCUGCAGUUUAAUCUUCCUUAAGUUUAUUAGUAUGACAUCAAGAGUAUAGUUACUACCCUACUUAUUUUGUAUUGAAGUUAACUUGCUUAUUAUUUUAUAGAAUGUAGGUAUAAAUAAAAAUAUUGAAUCUUGCGCGCAACGACAACAUUGUAAAUCCUUUUUUAGUUUAAGCCAUAGAUUCUCAGUUCUCAUGUAAGUGAAUGUUUUCUUAUGAGAAUAAAGAUUUCUUUAACCCGAA